GUCACAAUUAUUAUUCAACAACAACAACAAUUAUUUCCCGUCUGCUACUCCGUCGUGACAUGUUGAAUGAUGUAUCAGUGAAACGUCGUGGAUUUCACGCGCUCGUGAAAUAAAAUCGUUAUUUCUGUAGACAUAUGAACAUUUUCCGAUGAGCCGCGCACGCUGGGAAUACAGAAAUGCUCGCGUUUCAUACUGUCAAACAGUAUGCUAAAUGCUAACACCAUUUAUUAUACUGCUAUUUAUGAUCAAGAUUUAAUUACCUUCUAAUAAAGUGCAGAUUUGCACUUUACAUAUUGGAACAGAGUGAGUGUUCAUGUUUGGACUCCAAUAAAAACAUAAUGUCUAAAAGAUAUUACACGUAAAUAACCGUGAUCUGUCACGCGAUCUGUCGUUAAUUCAUCGCUGUAGGACCGCAGUCUGUGAGAACUCUAUCCGCAGAUCAGAUACAGGAAUGACGGACACGCUCGUCCUCUCGUUCCAGACCCAGCUGUCUGCGGUCAUGGAAACGGUUCUCAAGACAACCAUGUACGAGAUCACGAGGUUAGUGGAGGAGACCUUCCUGGAUGAAAUGGAUCGAGGCAAACGAGAGGCGGAUGUAUUGAGACGGAGGUUGAUCUUGUCAGAGGCCAAACUGAGGGAGCGCGAGAGGUUUAAGAGAUUGAGAUGUUUGGACUGUGGUCGGACAGCAGUCUCAAAGAGAAGAAUACUGAAUAGAGGCCCUGAAACACAGAGCAGUUUGGGACAACCGCUUGAUAUAAAGCAGGAGAAAGAUUCGGACAGUGGCUGGAGGUGUGCCAAAGGAAGCACAUUGUUAAACCAAGAGACGUCUUCAUCGGUUCUUGAUAACAAGCUUAAUAUUGGUCAAGUUGAUGUACCUAAAGCUGGAGAAGUGAUAAAGGAGAACACAGAGAUUAGAGGCACAGAAGCUUGUGUAGUAAUACGCUCUCAAAUACACAAUUGGACAGAUUCUUCAAGCAGUGAGACUAAUGGACUCAGCAGUUUCGAAACGGAACAGCGAAACCUGAAGGACAAAACAUGUGUUGCCACUCGUACUGAAAGACCUGGGUUUGAGGAUGAGGUGACGCAAAGAAACCAGUCGAAAUGGCUUGAUUCCAAACCAGAUCCUACAAGACGUACAUCUGUUCCUCAGCCAGACCUAGUCCGAGUUUCACCAUCUUCAGACGCUCUGGGUUCAAGACUGCAGUUGGCCAGCCUAGACUCAGGACCCAUUAAACAGGAGGUUGUUGUGAUGCUUCCAUCGGACUGGGAGGAGAUGGAGAGAAUUCCUCCUCAAAUGGUUUCUAAAACGGCACAGUUGGAAAUUAAGUGUGGAGAUCCGCUCACCACUAGACCUCAGGAGGAGAAGCAAGUUCAACGGUCUGGGCCUCCCGUCAAGGUUCAGUGCCUUUCACCACAAGCCAUGCAGCAAAUGCAGCCAGCCAACCAACCAUGCAGAUCACCAGUUAGGAAGAACACAAAAAUUGUUUUACAACCCAGUGCAGAUGUGUCAGAUCAAGCUGCCAUGUCUGUAGACAAGGUACAUCCUAUCUGCAAAGGCCUUCCUACACCCAAGCCCUCUCAUGUCCGUCAAUACCCAGAUGGAGCUGGUGCGGGUGAAAGGAGUUUCAGCACCAUAAAUCCAGGAAGAAGUCUCCCACAGGGGGUCAAUUUAAGGGUUCAAGGGGACGCGCGGCACAAUUCGCAGAGGGCGGUACAUAGUUGUAACCAAUGUGGAAAAGGUUUUUCUCAUCUGUGUCAUCUUAGAGCUCACCAACAGAUCCACACAGGAGAGAGGCAGUUCUGUUGUACAAUCUGCGGUCGGAGCUUCACAAAACUGAGUAACUUAAAAGCACACCGCAGGGUCCACACGGGAGAGAGACCCUACAUCUGCAUGGACUGUGGGAAACGGUUUACCCAAAAAUGCAACCUGAAAAGACAUCAGAGGAUUCACUCUGAUUUCACAAACUCCAAUACAUGACAACAAGUGGAACUAUAAAAAUCAUAAUUUAUCUGUGUGUAUUUAUUAUCAUCCUCAUAACAUUUGUGCAAAAUUUAAAGCCUGAUUUUUAUUUUGCUGUGCGGCACAAAUCACUGGAUCUCUCAGGGUAUUUUCGUACUGUCAUAUAAGAAACACAUAAGGCAGACACCUUUUCACUUUCUUAUACAUUACCGUUCAAAUGUUUAGGGUCACCUCACUAAAGAUUUCUCUUGACUUGACCUUUUCUUUUUAACGCAUAUGCUAAAAUUACUUUUAUAGAAAAAAGUAUAAUUGUGCAAACAUGUUAGUCUUUCAUUACUAAACACACAUUUAUAAAAAAAAUACAUUGGGCAGAAAAAGUUAAAAGCAGUCAAUAAGGGCCAGCAUAGAUGGUAACAUCUUUAGUACUGUAUAAAAUCAUACACCAACAAGCUGGUUGAUAAAAUGUGAAAAGAACAUUUCUGAAAAUUCUAGUCAAAAGAUGCUUCUUUUUAGAAUUUGUUUUGUAUUCCAAUAAUUACAUUUGGAAAUGAGUGAGUUAAAUAUUCUAAUAUGUACAAAUAUUAAUAAGUCAGUUAGUGACACUAACAUUUUGAACGGUGUUGUAGCAUAUUGUGAGCCUUGUUUUUUUCCCCCUUGAAAAUUAAUCUCACUUCCUCGCAAAUUCUGCUAAAAGAACUGAAAUAAAUGUGACACAUUGUGACAGUUUCAUGAGAUUUGCCAACUUUUCUGAAUUCUUUAGAGGAGUUGGAAUUUGCCUUGUAUAUAAAUUGUGUCCAUCUCUAUUCAAACGGGAAAAAACACAACUACUCAAGGAAAUACUGUUAAAUGAGCUCUUUUUCUUAACAUAAAUGGAUUUGUAGCAUUCACAUUGGAUUGGUGCACAUGUGCGCUACUGUGACUUCUUUACGGGUUUUGAAAGGAUAAUCUGUGGUCCACACAGGACACAUAUGUCUGUCUGUAUUUUGUUUUGCUCUCAUACAUAAACGCCUUAUGGUUGGAUCCAGCUAGUGUGUUGAGAUAAUGAAGCAUGUUCAAAGGUCUUACAGAGUUACAUGUUCAAAUUUAGUAGAAUAUGCAAGUACAAAAGUAUGCGUGGGAUAGCUCCAGUGUUCUUUUAAGUUUAACCAGGAGGAUUUAUUAGUAUGCAGCUGGUAGAAUUGGCAUUAAAACCGCUUUGCCACCUUUUUAGUAGUUAAUGUUUUUUUUAUGUUGAACUAAAUGCCAGACACUGUGUUACAUUCAAAAUCCAUUGAUGCUUGUAAAUUAUUGGUGAUUCAGGUACAUCACAACAACCACAUGCUUUGAGAGUGUAAUUAAAAUAUUUUUUUUUGUGAAACAUCACUGUUUAAACAUUGCAUUGGGCUAUAACCAGCGAUAAAAUUAUGUUUUCAAUGGACCAAAUGUUUGAAGUGUUGGAAGUUGUCUAAAAUAAUGUGCUGUUAUGUCUUUGGUUUCUGUCAUAUUGUGUUACAUCAAUGUGUAAUGUUCAGAUCAAAAAUUAAAGUUUUUUUCUCAGACUG